AUGAGGAGAAGAAGGUGGGAGGAGGAUUCAUUACCAUCAAGAAUUAUGGCUAAUAGCGAUUUACUUAUUCAACAUAUUUUAUUAAGCACCACUGGUAAGAAUAAAUCUGUAGCAUCUUUUAAUUUGGAUAAUCUUCCAUAUAUAAAAGGUAAACAGGCACUGUAUUCGUGUAUUGAUACGAAGAAUAUAUUAAUAGAUACACAGCUAAUACAUUAUGAUACCAGCAGCCCAUCUAUAAAUUUAUCGGAAAGUACCAAAAAUGGAUGGCUACCAAAAAAUCGUUUUGUUUAUAAUAAGAAUGAAAAUGAUUCCUUGAAAAGAUCCCUUGAAUAUUUUAAGUAUGUAAGAAAGAGAAAUGAUCACUUGGAAAUUUUGGAUAGACAAUUAUAUAACCUAGCUGUAUGUGAGAAGCAUCUAGAUAAUGAAAGAAAUGACUUUAAACAGUUUGUAUAUGGGGAUUUAGAAAUAUCUGAAAAGGAUGACUAUCAGCAAGAGAAUAUUCUGAUAGAAAGUAAUAAUAUGAAAUCUCCAAUGGGACUAGAACCAGGUGAAUAUAAUAAAGCUUUGACAUAUUUAUCUGGUGAAUAUCCAUCAUCCAAAAUAGUUGCAGAACAUAAAAGAACUAAUUUAACUUUAACUAUAGCUUUAAUCCAAUGCUUAAGACCGGCUCAAUGGCUUAAUGAUGAGGUAAUAAAUUUUUAUAUGGCACUCCUACAAGAUAGGUCUAACUUAUUUGAAAAAACAUUUUCUUCUAAUAAUACAAAUAAACCUAAAGUAUGGAUAUGGAAUACUUUCUUUUUUAGCAAAUUAAUGAAUGAUGGUAAUUCAAAUGGUUAUUGUUAUAAAAAUGUAUCUAGAUGGACUCAAAGAAGGGAAAUCGACUUAUUUGAUUAUGAUAUAAUAAUUUUACCUAUAAAUGUAAAUAAAGUUCACUGGACAUUAGGAUUAGUGAAUUUAAAAGACCAUUAUAUACAAUAUUUUGAUUCUUUAGGUGGAUCAGAUCAAGCAAAUUCAUGUUAUAAAAAGAUUUCUAUUAAUUUUUGUGAGAAUAUAAGUAAAUAUAUAAUUGAUGAAUAUAGUGACAAAAAGAAAGAGGUUUAUCCACAUAAGUUAAUUUUUUUACCUUAUGAGGGUAGAGUACCACAACAAAAUAAUGGAUCUGAUUGUGGUGUUUUCACUUGUAUGUUUGCUGAAUGCCUAAGUGAUAAUCGCUGCUUUGAUUUUGUUAGUUACAAUACAGAUGAACUCCGCUUAAAAAUGCUUAUUCAAUGUAUAAAUGGCUAUAUCAGUGCUCAAUAA